GAUGCCAGCUUGCUCCUAAGCCGCUUGCAGAACUACCUUCAACCCACGCCGCUCCAAACGUCCCCUGCCUCCUCUGCUUUUCUCUCACGCUUUUUUUUGUGAGGGAGGGGAUAUACUUUUUUUUUUUAAUACCUCCCCAUCGGGGAGUCAGGCCCAUCGCAAAUGGCUUCGUUUCCCGAGUCCGACUUCCAGAUCUGCCCGCUGUGCAAGGAGAUGUGCGGCUCGCCGGCUCCCCUCUCUUCCAACUCCUCCACCUCCUCGUCCUCCUCGCAGACCUCCAGCUCCUCCGGGGGCGGCGGCGGCGGCUCCUCCUGCGGGGGCCCGCCGCGGCGGCUCCACGUCCUGCCCUGCCUGCACGCCUUCUGCCGCCAGUGCCUGGAGGCGCAGCGGCACCCCGGCGCGGGGGACGCGCUCAAGCUGCGCUGCCCCAUCUGCGACCAGAAGGUGGUGAUCUCGGAGCCCUCGGGCAUGGACGCGCUGCCCUCCUCCAACUUCCUCCUCAGCAACCUGCUGGACGUUGUCGUCGUGGCCGCCGCUGCAGACGAGCAGAAGAACGGCCGCGCCGCCGGGGCCGGCCCCACCGCCAGCUCCGGUGCGGGAGCAGGCGGCGGCGGCGGCAACAACCGCCACCACGGCCGCCCGCCGCCGUCGCACCGCACCGCCGGCUCCUCGCCCGCCGCCUCGGCUGCGCCCUCCUCGACGUCCUCCUCCUCCUCUUCGGGCGGCGGCGGCUCGGCGGCGCUCCUGCUGCGGCGGCCCCACAGCCGGCAGGGCGAGCCCCGCUGCAGCUCCUGCGACGAGGGCAACGCCGCCAGCUCCCGCUGCCUCGACUGCCAGGAGCACCUGUGCGACAACUGCGUGCGGGCGCACCAGCGUGUCCGCCUCACCAAGGACCACUUCAUCGAGCGCUUCUCCGCCGCUGCCGCCGCCGGCUCUGCCGCGCCGCUCGCCCUCAGCCCGCCCUACCCAGCCUCUCCCUACAACAUCCUCUCCGUCUUCCCCGACCGGGCCAGCUACUGCCAGCACCACGACGACGAGGUACUGCAUUUCUACUGUGAUACGUGUUCUGUCCCCAUAUGUCGGGAAUGUACCAUGGGACGACAUGUGGGUCACAGCUUUAUCUACCUCCAAGAUGCCCUCCAGGAUUCCAGGACUCUCACCAUUCAGCUCCUGGCAGAUGCUCAGCAAGGACGACAGGCUAUUCAACUGAGUAUCGAACAGGCCCAGGCUGUGGCAGAGCAGGUUGAGAUGAAAGCGAAGGUGGUACAGUCUGAAGUAAAAGCGGUGACUACUAGACAUAAGAAGGCCUUGGAAGAGCGGGAGUGUGAGCUGCUCUGGAAGGUGGAAAAGAUUCGUCAAGUCAAGGCUAAGUCACUCUACUUGCAAGUUGAAAAGUUACGUCAGAACCUAAACAAGCUGGACAACACCAUUAGUGCUGUUCAGCAGGUCCUGGAGGAAGGUCGUACCAUGGAUAUUCUUCUGGCUCGGGACCGCAUGCUGGCUCAGGUGCAGGAGCUGAAGAGUGUCAGAGGCCUUCUCCAGCCACAGGAAGAUGACAGGAUCAUGUUCACCCCCCCUGACCAGGCAUUGUAUAUGGCCAUUAAAUCUAUGGGCUUUGUCAGCAGUGGGGCUUUUGCGCCUCUGACCAAAGCCACCGGGGAAGGCCUCAAGCGUGCACUGCAGGGCAAAGUGGCCUCUUUCACAGUGAUAGGCUACGACCACGACGGUGAGCCUCGCCUUUCAGGAGGUGACAUGAUCUCCGCAGUGGUGAUGGGCCCAGAUGGAAACCUUUUUGGGGCAGAUGUCAGUGAUCAGCAGAACGGGACCUAUGUGGUCAGCUACCGUCCACAGCUAGAGGGAGAGCACCUGGUGUCCGUGAUGAUGUGCAACCAACACAUUGAGAACAGCCCCUUCAAGGUCGUGGUGAAAUCUGGGCGCAGCUACAUAGGCAUUGGGCUGCCGGGGCUCUCCUUUGGCAGUGAAGGAGACGGCGAGGGCAAGCUCUGCCGCCCCUGGGGCGUUAGCAUAGACAAAGAAGGCUACAUCAUUGUUGCUGACCGCAGUAAUAACCGCAUCCAGGUGUUCAAACCAUGCGGGACCUUCCAUCACAAGUUUGGCACGCUGGGGUCCCGGCCGGGCCAGUUUGAUCGUCCUGCUGGUGUGGCCUGUGACAUCUCACGUAGGAUCGUUGUGGCUGACAAGGACAAUCAUCGCAUCCAGAUCUUCACGUUUGAGGGGCAGUUCAUUCUGAAGUUCGGGGAGAAAGGAACGAAGAACGGGCAAUUCAAUUACCCAUGGGAUGUGGCCGUCAAUGCAGAGGGCAAGAUCCUGGUCUCUGACACGAGGAACCAUCGUGUUCAGCUCUUUGGGCCCGAUGGUGUGUUUCUCAACAAGUAUGGCUUUGAAGGGGCACUCUGGAAGCACUUUGAUUCCCCCAGAGGUGUGACUUUCAAUCACGAGGGCCACUUGGUAGUGACCGACUUCAACAACCAUCGCCUUCUGGUCAUCCAUCCCGAUUGCCAGUCCGCACGUUUUCUGGGCUCGGAAGGCACCGGGAACGGCCAGUUCCUGCGCCCGCAGGGGGUGGCGGUGGAUCAAGAGGGGCGCAUCAUCGUGGCCGACUCCAGGAACCACCGGGUGCAGAUCUUCGAGUCAAAUGGUAGCUUUUUAUGCAAGUUUGGCACUCAGGGAAGCGGCUUUGGUCAGAUGGACCGUCCUUCAGGUAUAGCCGUCACCCCUGAUGGCAUGAUUGUGGUGGUCGACUUUGGAAACAAUCGAAUUCUCGUCUUCUAAUCUGUGUUUGAAUUAGGAAGAAACUGUCUCAGGGAAAUUCUUCUAAGAGAAAAUGAAAAAAAAUACAACGUUAAUUCAAACCUACCUCAUCUUUAAUUUUUUUACAGAUGAAUGUACUUAUCUUUUCUGCAGGGAGUGAGCCUGUAAAGUUAAAUUCUAUCUACCUCAUUGUCCUCCCUUCCCUCCCCAGUUUCUCACCCCCUCCCCAUCCCCACACACUCACAGUUCAGAACGUUUUACCUCUUCCCCGAUGGGGUUUCAUGCACAAACAAGUGUUGCUGUGCACAUUAGGUGGUUUGUGUGGUGAAUUCUGUAGACUUAAGCCAAAAAAAAAAAAAAAGGCUUUAUGUAACUUUUUAAAUGGAGAAAAUGGUAGUAGGUGUUUGUAGAGAAUUUGUGUUCUUGACCAUACUGCAGUUCUGUGGGUGGGGAUAUGGGAGGGGGGACUUUUGUGUUUUGAAUUGCUGCUGCAGCAGAGAACUUUUUCCUGUUCUCCUUUUUAUACCUCAGUGUGUUUGAUUUACUGGUGAACACAGCGUCUUGUUCCCAGAAGACUUUGAACGUUUUGUGAAAGUGAGUGGGAUUCACUCGCUGGGAAGAGCAAGUUUGCAUGGGGUUUAUUUUUUGGCAUUUCUGUGUAUUUUUUCUCAAACACAGUAAUCCAACAGCACAAAGUGAAGCUGAUGAAAAUGCACAAAAAUUCCUUUUUAAGUUUAAACCAAAUUGUUCAUUUUAGUGGCUUAGUGUAAAGUUUAGAUUAAAAAAGCAAGGCUUCCUUAAUGUAUCCUGUCAUUGAGUAUUUCUUUUUUUACAUUUUCGCUUGAAAGCUAAAUAAGUUUUUUAAAAGUUACUGUUUCUUUUAUCAAUGCACCUAAAAACAGAAGAGGUUACAAGGAGCAUUGAAACAGGGAGAAUCAAACCCUUUUGACUUACUUUCUUGUGAAAUGACUAGCUUUUUUUCCCCCCCCCCUCCCCAUAGAGAGACUUUAAGGGAAUAACAUUUGGAUUUUUUGGAACAGAAGUGGUACCUUUUUCCAAAAGUAAGAAAUAAGCACAGCUUUGGAGAUUCAGGGUGUGUUUUGGAGAAGUCAACAGUUACUUGUGUUUAUAGAAGAUUGCAAUAACUAUAUCAGCGACAAAAAGAUAUAUUUUUUUUUCAUCUUCUGGCUUCCCCAAAGAGCUGGACUGAAAAAUUCAGAGAGGUCUGCUGUAGUUUUUAGGCUGGCGUGGACCUGUAGCUCCAUGUAUCUCUUGCUACAGAUCCAAGUCAAAAGUUACCAGUACCAGCAUAAGGCAAACUGCAUCAAAAUGAAACUUUGCUGCUUUUUUCCUGGGGCAGUACCAAAGAAUUCCAUGUAAAAUAAAUGUGUAUGAUCCUUAGAAGCUUGGAGUCUGGGCGAAGUUAGCCCUUUCAGGGAUAUAAAACCAACUUUUCUGAGAAGCGGAAACUUUUUGGGGAGAACGGAGAUGAUUUUGAGUCCCUGAAAGUAUUUGGUUUUGUUCUUCAGUUUCUUGCAUUCCAGUUUAGCUGUUAAUGCAGAUGCGGUCUCUGCGGAGCUGUCGCUUCACCCUCUGGAUGAGGCCUUUGGUGGCAAACAAGAAUGGUUAAAGUAGGGAACAGAGGGCUUUUCUGUCUCUCUCUGCAAUGGAAAAAUCAAUGUAUCAGUACUCUUAGGCUUGGAAAUGCUGUGGUAUUUACCUUUCUUUUUGCAAGAGAAGAUCUCUGAAACUUAAACAAGGUUCUUAUCAAAAAGUCUGAAGAGCCUUAACCGUCCUCCAAGGAAAGGGUUCAUCUCUCUGCCAGCCACCGUGCACAAAAGUGACCUGAGGCUGAAAGGCUCUUUACGAGUUUGUGAGAAAUCACAAGGUGCACUUUCCUUCUUGCUGCUUUUCCCCUCCAAGGAGUCUUAACUUUCCGGGUUUUGUGGAAAUCCUGAUGAAGCGUGCAGACAGAUUGCUGCCACUUCAGAGGAUGCUUAAACUGAAGGACCAGGAAGAGACAAGACGGAUUUAUAAGAUGGCAAAACCUCUUUUGAAAGAAGGAUGAGAAAAAACACCUAAAUCAAAUAAGAUAACUGUGUUGCCUUUCAGCCAAAGCCUUGAGGAAGCAAACUUCAAAGCAGUAUGUUUCAGUUAGGCUUAAUCUUAGGAUAGCACGGUUUAAAAAUAGUCUUUAAAGGAUAAUCUUUUAUACAGGUGUCUGUCAUUAAAUUUCUGUUGCCACUCAAAAUAUGGGUAUGAGAGAAAGCUAGUUGACCUCUGCAGCUUUCUCAAGUUCUGCUUGUGUACAUGCCUCCUUUUCUGGGGGUGGCCUACAGCUGUGACGUGUCCAUGUUUGUCUUGUAUUCUUGUCCAAGAAUUAUUUGCAACUUGGGCUGUGAAAACUAGUAGCCUGCAAGAUCUAGAUACCAAAGAAACAAACUGGUUUAAAAAGCUUUAAUGUUUAGUUGGCAUUGUCCUUGCAUUUACCCUAUCAUGUCUUAAAAAAGCCAGGUCUCUUUAAUACCUUGACCGGAGUGGCUGACAGUGUUGGAGUGUGCUAGAAAUGUUGUUUGUGCUUUAAUGCUUGUUGGGAUCCCCCCUUCUCUGGGGCUAGAAGGGGGUUGUUUUCCAGGCAUUAAAAAAAAAAAAUGAACCAAUGUGCAUUCAGGAUUGUGUUGAACUGCAGAAGCCUUUUUGUCCCUCCCCAGCCUGCACCGUGUUGAAAGUGACAGACACUGAAGUUGCCCUUUGCUAUUUCUUACGGAGCCAUUGCACAACCCCCCUGGUCCAGCUCUGUCAGGAAGAGGAAUGACUUUAACUCUUUCUAAGUUGCUCUCUAUUUAAUUCAGUGGGAUUUGCUUACAAACCAAACCUCAAGCAUUUGACCUCAUGUGUUGGGGAGCUUUUUUUGUUUUAAAAACACAACUGUUUAGCUACCCAAAAUAAUUCCUAAUCUUUGUCAUAGAUAGUGCUAAGCACACUUGAUCUCGUUGAGAAGUGGUAGUGUAGCUUAUAAAAUGGAGUGUUUUAUAUGCAAUGAAAAUAAGUCGUGAUAAUACACAAUGCCAACAUCAGAUGCCCCAUAGGGGCUUUUAGAAGGCAAUACUUAAGAUUCAAACCUUGCUCUGUUUUUUUCCAUGCGUGUUCUCAGGCUAUGCACGUUCUCAGGUUAAUGCCCCAGUAUCACAACAUCCAUGCGUGCAGAGAGAAAAAGCAAGGCUUUGAAGCUGGAUUGCAAACCAAACAAGCAUUCAGAGUAAUCGUCUUAACUAGUGGAAGCGGCCUGGAGAAGGGCUGAGGCCUCUUCUUCUCAGCUCCAACACUGGGGAAAAACUGAUGUGGGUGACAGACCUGUCUGCUAGAACUCCCAAAGGAAUUUCACUGUGCCAGGUUAAACCAUUGGCUCUCAGUACACUUUUUGCCUGACAGAACACUUAAUUGGCAGUCAGUGUGGCUGCUUUGGUCCAGCCUGUGAAGAGAUCUUGUCCUUUCUCAGAACUAAGCAGGAACUUCAGUAGCAAACUGAAGCAGACUCAGUACUUGAUAAUGCAGGUCCUUCAGAUAAUUCGCUCCUUUUUAUUUAGUACCUCUUAAAUGUAACUUACUUAAGGAAGCCCAUAAACCUUGGACUUGUAGGGAAAGUGAAGGAAGACAACACCCGAAAACUAAUACGUAUUGGGACCAGAGAGAACCAAGUUGGGAGAAAAAACAAGGCACUUGGACGUGGCGUUCCCUUGGAAUUGCAGGAAAAUGGGCCUGGUCUGUUACGUUACAGUUAAACCAAAAUUAAUUUCUGCAAAGAGCGGGCUUAUAGGCUUAUCUUGCCAUAACUUUGAUCAUAAGAUUUUUGUUCAGCUCUGGUUUAAAAGAAAAAGAGAUUGUGCCAAAGUGGUUUUGUUUGUUUGUUUUAAAGGAGUGUAAGCCAAAUGGUGCCAAAAGGUAAUAGGGUAUUUAAAAGUAGAGAUAUUUAGACAAACAGUUUGGAGCUGUAUAAAAAAAAGAACACUGGUACUUGCGUUAGACAAAUAUUAUACCUUUGGUCUUUGAGUCCUUGGGAGUUUGAAACGCAGUUUGCUGUGGUACAAAAUGCACAACUAGAGAUGCCACUAAUCGUUUUCUUGAAGUUCUACCUCGCUUUGCAGAAGUAAAUCAUCUACCUCAAUUUAGCAUCAGACAGGUUUGAGAAAUAGAGAAUCUGCCUGGGGGAAGGGUUCAUCCUGCCUGUUGGACAAGCAUUUUAAUUGAAACAGAGAUCCUGUGUGUGUACGAUGUGGUGACUGGUUGCUUUUGGUUUUGCUGCCUGCCCAUGGAAAUAUUAAGCUGCCCUUACCAGAGAAUCAACCAAAUGUUCAGGCAAACCGGACUGAGAUACCUGAAACGCUUUUGAGUUUGUUCUGUUUUCACUAAGGAGUAUGGAAAUGUAAGCUUUCUUCAGUAUUAUGACACUACUAGCUGGCAUGACACACGCUUCAUUUGCAGUGUUCUUAUGUCCGUAAGACCUUUAGGUCUUCUCUCUACAAGAGAAAAACUUUUCUGCAUGCCUACAAAUACGUCCUGUUUGGAAAGACUGAUGUUAUGAGUGCUGUAAACACAAUGUUAUACCAAAUGCUUGAAGGGAAUAAGAUCCUGAUUUUAUUUUAUUUUAUUUUAUUUUUGACUUGGUGAUUGUAUUCGUAGCUUUCUUGACUCAAUGGGAUUUUUUCCACCAUGACAAAGCAACCAAGUUCCUAUUCCUGGAGGGCAGUUUAGGUUCAGACAUUCUCAGGAGAGGCAGUUUAAAACGGCUGUGUUGGGGUUUUAUGCAACUUAAUAGUAACAUGCAACAUGCCCCUUAUUUUACCUGUGGAGUAAAGUUGCAGAAGCACAUUUUCAGAUGACUAUGUUGAAAAAGUCUCUUUUUUUCCUCCCCUGCUCAUAUUAGGGGGUGACAGAAGUGGGUACAGGAGACCCCUAAUAAUGAUAGGCUGUGUUCGGUUUGGUAAAUGUUAUGGUGGAAAAUGUACAUUGAUGUCUCUAAGUGAUCUUACGGGUUAACAAGCCAGACUGGCAUCUUUUUCCAUCAUUUGUUUAACCAAUAAUGGUUCUAAAAAUGCUUUGUGUACCUGCAUGGUCUUAGACCUUCUAUUAAUGAUUGUAUCAACUUACAAACUCAGGUAGAUAAUUUUUUAAGCUCUUUUUGUGGAGCCUUACUGACUGAAUGUUAAGUGUCUGUGUAGUGAUGUAGUUAAGUAACUUCCUUUUGAACUACCAGACUAGUUUAAAAAAAAGAAGUCCUUUUAUAGGUUGUAGAGUACUUUUCAGAAAUGUAGUGGUUUUUCCUUCAGAGGGAGAGAUGUCUUUCUGGGUUUUGGUUUUAGUUUCUUUCUUGAAAUGACUAAAAAGCUUUUUAACUAGUUUGUAAGGUGUGCUUAGUCAGCGGAGUUGGUGGGGGUUUCUUACUGUCUGUGACUCUGGUUUGUACUGUGCAUUACCUGUCAUGCGCUGCUUGGGUUCAUGCACAAUCCCUCGGAGCAGGGAGGGUGUUGAACACACGCCUCUCAUUUUUAAGUCAAGUUAACAACUGGAAGCGUUGAACAAAACAGAGGACAUCCACAUGAAACCAAUGGCACAAAUGUGCAUUAUUUUCCCCCUUGUUUAACUGACUGUAGAUGUAUGGCCCCAUCUUAUAAAACUUCAUUACCAGUGUAGCAUUGUCUUGGUGCAGGUUUGCAUGGGGAUCCAGAGUGAUUUUUGGCAGUCCUCGAAUGCUGGGCCUCUCGAGUUCUUUGGUUUUGUAGUUUCCUCUUCUGUUGCAGUUGUUUCUCUCUUACUUUAGUGAUUAAUUGUGUUGCUCUCCUAAUAAUAAUGUGUCUCAGCAGGACAGACAGUGCUCAGCUUCUAAUGAGCUGGUCAGAGCUUUUCUAUGUAAUUGGUAAUGAAACGGGCUGUGACAAGAAACUUCCAUGCUCCAAAAAGGGAAUCACAUUUCUGCUUGGACAAAACGUGACAUUUUUAGAUGUCAGAUGUUAAGUACUGCAGAGAAGAAAGCAUGACAGGUUAUGUGCAAACUUUUACAUAGAAUAAGUGAGCAAAAUGUUAGAACCCUUGUGUUUAACGGAGGCUUCUGAAUGUAUCUUUGUGGUCCAUAGGGAAGGCUGAAGGAUGUAGCAAGGAGAUGAUGUAUCAGCUACUGGCAGCCUUAAAACAAAGUCAGUGUCUCUCUGGACUUUAAAAUGUUCCUAUGCAGUUUAUUUUAUUUUUGUUUAAUCAAAUAAAUGUGAGUUUUUUUCAUGGCAAA